CGUUGGCGCCGCCUUCUGCUUUGUUGGGUACGGACUGCUUUGGCUCGCUGUUGCCGGCUUCAUCUCCUUGCCCUAUCCUGUGUUGUGGAUUGCUCUAUGCAUUGCUACUCAUAGCAGUGCAUGGUUAAGCACAGGCGUGUUAGUUACCAACAUGAGGAACUUCCCUAUUAGUAGGGGCACUGUUGCUGGCAUUCUAAAGGGUUACAGUGGACUUAGUGCUGCUGUUUACACCGAGAUUUAUACUGGCGUUCUCCACAAUUCAUCUACAAAGUUAUUGCUCUUUCUCACUCUCGGUCUACCAGCAAUAUGUUUAGUGAUGAUGUUUUUUGUUAGACCAUGCACUCCAGCAUCCGAGGAAGACUCAUCAGAGCGUGGCCAUUUUCUCUUUACACAGAUUCUAAGUGUCAUUUUAGGCGUUUAUCUUCUAACAACUACUAUAUUGAAUGAUGUUCUCUCUCUGAAUGAUGCCAUUUCGUGCGCAUUUUUUGGUAUCAUGAUUCUAUUUCUGCUUGCUCCCUUAGCAAUACCGAUAAAGAUGACCUUAUAUCCAACAAAACCGAAAAGAACUGAUGCAAUUCAGGCGUCAAGUUUACCUGAAGAACCAUUGCUCGCAGUAUCUUCAGCAUCAAAUCUUGGAAGCCUUGAGGAGACUAUAGAUGAAAAUGACGUUGACAUACUUUUAGCUGAGGGGGAGGGAGCAGUAAUGCCGGGAAAGAAGAAGAGGAAACCGAAGAGAGGAGAGGAUUUUAACUUCAAGCAAGCCCUAGUUAAGGCCGAUUUCUGGUUGCUAUUUCUGGUUUACUUUCUCGGGGUUGGCUCAGGUGUCACAGUACUCAACAACUUAGCACAAGUUGGGAUUGCAGCAGGGGAGGAUGACACGACUUUACUCUUAUGUCUCAUCAGCUUUUGCGGUUUUGUUGGUCGCCUUGGUGGUGGUGUUGUUUCAGAGUAUUUCGUGAGGUCAAGAAUGCUUCCACGUACCAUUUGGAUGACCUUCGCGCACAUAAUUAUGAUCUUCGUUUAUCUUCUCUACGCUUCAGCGAUAAAUGGCACCCUUUAUGCAUCUUCUGCACUACUUGGAAUCUGCUUUGGAGUCCAAUACUCAGUUAUGGUUCCAACCACAUCUGAGCUGUUCGGAUUGAAGCAUUUUGGGAAGAUAUACAGCUUCAUGGCUUUAGGAAACCCCCUUGGAGCACUUCUGUUCUCGGGCCUCCUCGCAGGUUACAUUUACGACAAAGAAGCAGCAAAACAUCAUUCAGGGAGCUUUUGUUAUGGACCUGAAUGCUUCAGGCUUACAUUCUUUGUUCUAUCUGGGGUCAGUGUUAUCGGAAGCGCGUUGGGUGUAGUUUUGACAGUUAGGGUGAAGCCAGUGUACCAAAUGCUCUAUUCAAGUGGUUCAUUUAGGCUGCCUCAAACUUCACUACAUUGAGAGUAGUUAUUGGCAAUUGACCCAUGUAGUGGCUAUAUUGCCUGAGAAUUUUGUUGAAUAAGACAUGGUGUAAUAUGUAUUAUCGACACUCCAACAUAAUGGUCUCUUUUCUGGUCAA